GGGGUGGAAUGUGCGCAAUUUCUUCCAUCGAAGCUUAACCUCUGAGAUUAACGAACCAGAGAUUCAAUUCAAGCUCUGUAUAGCACAGAUUUAGAGAGCGAGAGAGAGAGAUAGAGAGGAGGAGGAGGAGAAGAAGAUGGAAGGCGAAGGGGAAACGAGGAAGAGAGUGGUAGUUGAAUCGCUGGGAUGGAUAACGGAAUCAUCUAUCAUGCCGAAGAAGCAUCGCGCCAUCGAAGGCGUGGGUCCUUCCUCAAUCAUGGAGCUCAAGGCUCAGCUUUAUAAGUCGCAGGAAGAAGCUAAGCAGACGAAGGAUUUGACGGGAUCCGAUGCUCAGUACCAUCGCGCCAAAGAAAGGAUUGCCGCGAAAGACUCUUUCUCCGCGAAGAAUUCCGGCGUCGAGGGUCGCGCUCUAAAGGACAAGCUUGAGCUUAAAGCAGUUAAAGACGGAGCUGUUAGCUACGCGGCGUUGGAGAAGAAAGCUCAGUUAUAUGAAAAGCUUGCAAGGGGAGAGCUUUCAGAUGAAGAAGCCGAAGAGAAGUACUGUGUGGAUUUCUUCAGGAAAGGAAUUGAACAUGGAGAAGAUUCACGACCAUCAAGCACCAGCAACAGUUCCAUUUCAGCACCUCCUGAAGAUUUAAAACCAGAUGGUGAAGACGAUGGUUCUCUGUUUAGCACCAAAUUUGCUGGACUCGGACGCGCAGUUGGGACAGCUGAUAUAAGUCAACACGUGCGUAUGGUCAGAGAGGUUCAUGAAGAAGUGAAUCAAGCGAGAGAAAAGGCAACGGAGUUGAAGCAAAGGAGACAAGAGCAGGCAACAAAUCGUCGGGAGAAACUCAAACAAGCUUAUCUUCGAAAGCAGCUCGAGAAACUUAAAGCUCAACAACAGCAACCGCAAUAACAGAAAUUUUUCUUAUGAAUAGCAUCGAUUCUAAUUUUUGAUUAGAUGGAUAGUUUCUAAGUGUAGUUUGUAUUGUACUUUUACGAGCAUGUUACAUUGUAAAGAGUAAGGAACUUUUUUUCUUCCAUUUUCUGCUACAAUUACAAAAGAAUAUGCUUUAACUUUCCAUGUAUAAUGCAUGUACUGGCCAAUGCAUCCACCUAUGGAUGCUAAACCUCUCUCAUGAAUUAGAAUUAGAAGGCCG